CCGUGAACACAACCCCAAACCAUGGUGGCAUGAAGAUCAUUUUCAGAUCCCCACUACUCACCAGAUAUUUCCUUACUGUUGUACUGGCUUGGUUUUCACUGAACCUUUGCAUCUACUGCCUGUACUUAGACAUGGGAAACCUCGGUUUUAGCAUCUUUUUGACCCAGUUCCUCUUUGGUGCUUUUGAAAUACCUGCUAAUCUAUUCUCCAUGUGGCUGUUGGAGAUUUUUGGGAGAAAAGCGUUAUUCAUAUUUACCCUGGUAAUAGGAGGACUUUCUUCCUUGCUCAUUGUUGCUGUUCCCCAAGAUCAUGCUCCAGCUGUUACGUCUUUGGCUGUGGCCGCUCGCUUCUUCCUGGUCUGGGCUGGUUCUGUGGCAUGUGUCUACGUCCAGGAGUUGAGUCCAACAUCAGUUCGACAAACUGCCACCGCUCUGGGCUCGAUAGCAGCAAGAGCAGGAGUGUUACUGGCUCCGCUGCUGAACAUGCUGGCUGUGUAUCACUGGGUCAUCCCCAUCGUCAUCUCAAGCAGCCUGACAAUCAUCGGCGGAGCCCUCGGCUUCCUGCUCCCAGAGACCAAGAAAACUGAGCUUCCUGAGACGGCUGAAGAGGCUGAGAACAGAGCCGCAGCAUCAGGAUCCCAUUUACCUUCUGAGUCGACCAAGUUAUGAACUUUUGGCUGUCUGCCUGUUUCGAAAUACGUUACUGGCAACACUCAGGGUUACCAUUUACCGAACCUUAGCUACUUUGAGAGAGUUCUUGCUCUGCAAGAACAGAGAUUUAUUUUUUACCUGAGACUGCAAGAACAAGAACAAGAACUGAGUCCUUUGUGGCUCAAAUCCAGAAGUCCCGGGAAAAGCACAACCUUCCUGUUGCUUUACUUCUGAGCAAGAAGUAGUUCUUAUUGCUCAGUUGUUUUGCAAUCAGAAGAUUGAAGGUUUGAUUCCAGCUUUUGCUUCCGGCCAAGUUACCUUCUGAUCUGUUUAUUGGUGUAUCCUGGGAAAGUGCUGCAUAAAUUGAAACCAUUUACCAUCUUUCUAUUACACAAACACAUCCCAAGGAAAAACUGCCCAGAACGAGCUUCAAGAAUUAAAUAACUCCAUUCAUGUGGGAUGUACUGUAUAUUGGACUUACUUUGGUGAAAAAAAAGAAGUUCACAUAUUUCCUUCAAAAUUAAGAUAUGUAUCUUAUUGCUAAAUUCUUUUUUAUUGUCAAAAUCAGCAAAAUAAUCUCAGAUGUGUCUGAAAUGCAGAUUUCAUUGACUGUAAUACUGACAUGUCACCUUUAUUAGCCUGAUGAAAACUGAACAAGAGCAACAUUUACACACUCCUGCAGAAU